AUGUACGUUAAGAUCUCCCAUCCUGAUAUCACAAGCCGAAACAGGGUCUUAUACGAAAUCAGUUUCCCUGCAGCCGCCGAUGACAUAGACGCCCCAUUGCAAUGUUCUUGCCCUCCCAAGGCUGCCCAUCAUGUAAUUAGCUGCGCGCCAUUCUUUGUAUCGCUUAGUCCUUUGAUGUCCGAUGGGUCAUUCGCCUUGAUUUCCUUCUCUGUUCACCUUGGCGAUGAUUUCCCUUCACUCGGUGACCACGCGCAAGAUCUUCGCACGGUCGACAGCUUUGGCUUUUUGAAGUCGCAGCUGCCAAACGAGUCAGCGGCUCGCGCGGACACGCCUACUCUGCCCCCUGGGCUGCCCUUGCCCCAAGCUCAUUCCUCUGCUUUCCAGGACCGGAUAGGCUCUUCUCAACCCGCGUCCCCUGCUCCAAUCCUACCACCGGGGCUCACUCCCCAGAUCUCACGACGCAACAGCCCCUCAAAAGCCCACGAAGAUAUUAAGUCUCGUCCAUUGACUCCGGAGCUCACGGUCGGAGGCCCUUUGACAUCCAGUCGCAUUAAGGACGCCUCUCAAGUUUCAUUUGGAUCGCCCGUGCAAAGGUCUGCGACCCAGGCUCGCAAUCAGCGCAAGGCUGAACUCAGCAUCACGACCGAUUCAAAAGACUUAGCCUCUCAGGCCACGGCCCAAGCGCAACCAAGCCCUUUCGCGACCAAAGCUACUCCAUUGGCGUUCAGUGCGGCGUUGACUGGUUCUGGCAAGACGGAGCACGUUCCAAUCUCUUCGACCAUCGCUAGUGGAUCUCGACCCGACACCCCUCAGACCAUCGCAUCCCGAUUGCCUGAAUCUCCUGCUCUUCGCCAACCUCGCAUUCUGCGGGUAGUCGAAACGCCAAAAAUCGAGACUCCACCAACACCAACCGUACCAUCUGUUCCCGCGUCCAUCGUUGGUGGAAGCAAGACACGACAACGGCGCCACAGCAUUUCGUCGAACAGCGCGCCUGACACUCCUGCCGACGCCGGCUCCGAGGCUGAUUUCUAUCCCUCUACCUCUGUUUCUCGUGCCAAUUCUCCCCCUGCAUCUUCUCGUAUCGGCUCUGCGCCCGUCCGGUCUAUGACCAAAAGUCAAGUGAAGAAGGAGCGAAAGCAGAAAGCUAAGGAGGCCGAGGCCAAGAAAGUCGAAACUGCGCCUGUGGCCGAAGAACCCGUUCAAGCACCCAUUAUGGGCCGCAAGCGCAAGACUAAGAAGGCUCCUACUUCAACCAGUGCCACGAGUGCUCCCAAGCCCGCCCCAGCUGUAGCGGAAACUGUACCCGCGCCCGCUGCACAGCCCGCGAGCCCCUUGAAACCUGAUCCCGUCCCUGCUGCCAAGGUCGAAGCCGAGGCGGAUACCUCAUCGCGGACCCCGGAGAUCAAGGAAACCAAGCCAGUGGAAGAACCCAGCCCUCCGCCCGCCGAAGAGCCAGCACCACGUGCCGAAGUCCCUGAGGAGACAUGGCGUACUCAUAAUACGAUCGGACAGUGCAUCGCCGAUGCAGAGGCCACUGGAAGAAGUAUUCAGGAGCUCGUGAUGGAGCGACUGAGGCCUCUCCAUGAGAUCCUUGCAGACAUGCACAAAUGCGGUGAAAUCAACUUGCACACUGCUGCGCUGUUCAAUCCUCAUAACAUCUACGAACGCACCGACUUGAAGUGCACAUCGAGCGACUACGACCAUAACAAAGACCCCAUCGAGUUGACUGAAGAACACCGUCAAAUGCUCCUCCGUGGAGAGCACAUAAUUCUUGGGGAUCAAAUAAAAAACCAAGUGCUCAUCACCUCCAAUGGAACAGUGCUGCGUCAUCUGAAGCCCGAGGAAAUUGAGCAGGUGCUAGAUCGAGAGCGCAGGGGAGUUUGCCGUGAUUACCCUCUGCUCAUUGAAAACACGGCCACGAACAUUGGCCUGGAGGCGCUUUUCGCCAACUCCGAGCAGCUGCGAAUCCGCUGGGUUGAUGACCUGCCCACCAACCCGAGCGCGACUUCCUCUACCGCCCCCGAAAUCGAUGAGUCUGCCCUUCCUCCAAACGUAUUCUCUGCCAUGGAAGCCGACAUCACUCGCAACCAUGACUGGGCCGUUACAAAUUCCGCCGAGCUGCUCAACACCACCCCUGAUGCCGUCCGCUCGUUUGCCGCAGCCACGGCCCAGCAAAUGCUUGGCAAUCCCAGCAUGCUCGGCACUAAUCUUACCCUUGAUGACCUGGCCAGCUUGACGAACGAAGAGCUCAAGGAACACGCUACCCGUGCCAAGAUGGAGCAGGAAGCCGCUCGUAAGGAUUCCGAGGCACUUGACAAGAAGUUCAAUGCCUUGGUUCGUCGCAACAAGCGGCUCCAGCAGCAAGCCUUGGACUAUCUCACCGACAAGGAGUUGAGGGAGAAGCAAUGA